AUGCACAUGGAAGAUCGACAGCGCUUCCUGCACUUCCCGACCCCCGUGAUCGACAGCUGCCGAAUGACCAUCCAGAGCGUCUGGACGCGAGGCAUCCAGGCCGAGCGCGAGUAUGCAGGAUCCCACGAGAUCAAGGUCAACGGGUACCCAUGGCGAGGCUCUGGACACUCGGCGAUAGAGGCGCGCAGGUUGAUCUGUGGCGUGCUCGGCGCGCUGCACGGGCAUGGCUGGGUGUUGAUGAUGAGCACGGAUGUGAGCAAGAAGACGGCGGAUAAGGAUACGCUGCUCUUCCGGCAUCAGAUUCCGACGCCUGCGCCGUGCGAUUGGUGUUGUAUUGGUUUCUCCAUGUGGGAUCGGAUCGAGUUUAUUGAUGUUCCGUCAGAGGUCUACAAUGGCCUGAUCUCAAGACUGGGGAACCGUGUCAGUGACCACUAUCAGCACUCUCCUGGUGUGUACGAGGCCAAAAUCGUAGGCCGGCCUUGGAUCGCAGAAGGCACAGAAACCAUGAAAGCCCGCGAACUGCUCCUUGUCUUCCUCGAGGUUCUGGAAACAGAGGGCUGGACCGUGUAUGCGAGUGUUGAUCAAAAGAAUGGUGGAGACAAACAAACCGAGACUGAUACUUGGCAUUGCUGUCGGCUGAAGGGGUGGGUAAGAGGAGCGCCGGUGUACCACAACCACUGA